UUCUUUGGUGCUGGGGUACAAGGUCCCUUAUGGAGGGUAAGGGCCAGGGUGUUAAGAAAGGAAGAGGAGGAAAGUUCACAGGUUCCUUACGGAGGAUGAGUGGCUCCUUCAAACGCACCUCGUUUAAGGGCUCAGCAUCUGGCUCACAAAAGGGUCAAAAGGCUUGGAUAGAGAAGACCUUUUCAAAAAGAGAAUGCAUCUAUGUAAUUGCCAACAACAAAGACACUAGCAGGUGCUGCUGUGGCCAGCUCAUUAACCAACAUAUUCCACCUCCUCCAAGUAUAACAGCUAAUAAAAAUGGAAAAGAAACAAAGCAAGUGGAAGCUCAGCCAGAGAAAUGGUCCGUCAGUAAACACACCCAAACAUACCCAACUGAUGCCUAUGGAAACCUUGAAUUCCAGGGAGGAGGACAUUCAAACAAGGCCAUGUAUAUCCGUGUGUCAUAUGACACUAAACCAGAUUCUCUGCUACAUCUCAUGGUGAAAGACUGGCAACUGGAACUGCCCAAACUCUUAAUCUCUGUCCACGGAGGCCUCCAGAACUUUGAAAUGCAACCUAAAUUAAAGCAAGUGUUUGGAAAAGGUCUGAUAAAAGCUGCCAUGACCACAGGAGCUUGGAUUUUCACUGGAGGUGUUAGUACAGGUGUCAUUCGUCAUGUGGGAGAUGCCUUGAAAGAUCAUUCUUCCAAAUCCAGAGGACGAAUAUGUGCCAUAGGAAUUGCACCGUGGGGCAUUGUAGAAAACAAGGAAGAUCUGAUAGGAAAAGAUGUAACACGGGUUUACCAAACGAUGUCAAACCCUCUAAGUAAGCUCUCGGUGCUCAACAGUUCCCAUACCCACUUCAUUCUGGCAGAUAAUGGUACGCUAGGUAAAUACGGAGCUGAAGUAAAGUUACGACGUCAGUUGGAAAAACACAUUUCCCUGCAGAAAAUUAACACACGGCUGGGACAAGGUGUUCCUGUAGUUGGGCUCAUAGUGGAAGGGGGUCCCAAUGUGAUCUCCAUUGUCUUAGAGUGUCUGCGAGAAGAACCCCCUCUUCCUGUCGUGAUAUGUGAUGGUAGCGGACGAGCAUCGGAUAUUCUGUCGUUUGCACACAAGUAUUCAGAAGAAGGAGGGGUAAUAAGUGAAUCCCUAAGGGACCAGCUUCUAGUUACCAUCCAGAAAACCUUCAACUACAACAGGAAUCAAGCUCACCAGCUGUUCAUCAUUCUUAUGGAGUGCAUGAAAAAAAAAGAACUUAUUACUGUGUUCCGCAUGGGGUCUGAAGGGCAACAGGACAUUGAGAUGUCUAUCUUAACUGCUCUCCUCAAAGGUACCAAUGCAUCUGCUCCAGACCAGCUCAGCUUGGCUUUGGCCUGGAAUCGUGUAGACAUUGCACGCAGCCAAGUCUUUGUCUUCGGACACCACUGGCCACCUUUAGGAAGCCUUACAGCUCCUGAUGGUACAGCUCCUGAGAAGGAAAAGAAAUCUCCAGCAGCUCAGACUAAAGCAGCCAGAGGGAAAGGAAAAGGGAAGAAAAAGGGAGGAAAAGGAAAAGAAGAGCCAGAAGAAGAAACAGAUCCAAGAAAGCUUGAACUCCUGAACUGGGUGAAUUCCCUGGAGCAGGCUAUGCUGGAUGCACUGGUUCUGGAUCGAGUGGACUUCGUGAAACUACUUAUUGAGAAUGGAGUGAACAUGCAGCACUUCCUCACUAUUCCUCGACUGGAAGAACUUUACAAUACUAGAUUGGGUCCACCAAACACACUGCAUUUGCUAGUCAGAGAUGUGAAAAAGGGAAAUCUUCCACCAGAUUAUCAUAUCAGCCUAAUAGAUAUUGGUCUUGUACUUGAAUAUCUCAUGGGUGGAGCUUAUCGCUGCAACUACACUCGAAAACGUUUUCGGACUCUUUAUAAUAAUUUAUUUGGACCAAAGAGGCCAAAAGCUCUUAAACUACUAGGGAUGGAGGAUGAUGAGCCUCCCACCAAAGGGAAGAAGAAGAAGAAGAAAAAGGAGGAAGAGAUUGAUAUUGAUGUGGAUGACCCAGAAGUCAGCCGUUUUCAGUAUCCCUUUCAUGAACUGAUGGUAUGGGCCGUGCUGAUGAAACGGCAGAAGAUGGCACUCUUCCUGUGGCAGCGAGGGGAGGAAACCAUGGCCAAGGCACUUGUGGCCUGUAAACUGUACAAGUCUAUGGCCCACGAGUCUUCUGAGAGUGAGCUGGUUGAUGACAUCUCUCAGGAUCUGGAUAACAACUCAAAAGAUUUUGGGCAGCUGGCUGUUGAACUCUUGGAUCAGUCCUAUAAACAUGAUGAGCAGGUUGCCAUGAAACUACUGACCUACGAACUGAAAAACUGGAGUAAUUCUACCUGCCUCAAAUUGGCUGUGGCAGCUAAACACAGGGAUUUCAUUGCUCACACAUGCAGCCAGAUGCUCUUAACAGAUAUGUGGAUGGGGCGACUACGCAUGCGGAAAAACCCAGGCCUUAAGGUGAUAAUGGGCAUUCUCUUCCCUCCCACCAUCCUUUUCCUAGAGUUUCGGAGUUAUGAUGAUUAUUCUUACCAGACAUCAAAAGAAAAUGAAGAAAGCAAAGAAAAGGAGGAGGAAAAUGCGGAUGCAAAUGUGGAUACAGGCUCUCGAAAAGGAGAUGAAGAGAAUGGAAAUAAAAAACAAAAGAGCCUUCCAAUUGGAACAAAGAUCUAUGAAUUCUAUAAUGCACCUAUUGUCAAAUUUUGGUUCUACACACUAUCAUACCUCGGUUACCUGAUGCUAUUUAAUUAUAUCAUCUUGGUGCGGAUGGAACGGUGGCCAUCAGUCCAGGAAUGGAUUGUCAUCUCCUACAUUGUGACAUUGGCUUUAGAGAAAGUAAGAGAGAUUCUGAUGUCAGAGCCUGGCAAGCUGAGCCAAAAAGUGAAAGUUUGGCUCCAGGAAUACUGGAAUAUUACUGACCUGGUGGCUAUUUCAGUAUUUAUAAUAGGAGCAAUUCUUCGCCUACAGAACCAGCCUUACAUGGGUUAUGGAAGAGUGAUUUACUGCGUAGAUAUCAUUUUCUGGUACAUUAGAGUACUAGAUAUCUUUGGUGUGAACAAAUAUCUGGGACCUUACGUCAUGAUGAUUGGAAAGAUGAUGAUUGACAUGCUCUACUUUGUGGUCAUCAUGCUUGUGGUUCUGAUGAGCUUUGGAGUAGCCCGCCAAGCUAUUCUGCACCCAGAUGAGGAGCCUUCUUGGAGACUAGCUCGCAACAUCUUCUAUAUGCCCUACUGGAUGAUCUAUGGAGAGGUGUUCGCAGACCAGAUAGACCGUAAGAGUAGAAUUCAUAUCUAUGCCAUGGAAAUUAAUCCUCCUUGUGGGGACAAUCUUUAUGAUGACGAUGGUAAACGCCUCCCUCCAUGUAUACCAGGGGCCUGGCUCACUCCUGCUAUUAUGGCCUGUUACCUCUUGGUAGCAAAUAUCCUGUUGGUAAACCUGCUGAUUGCUGUGUUCAACAAUACCUUCUUUGAGGUAAAAUCAAUAUCCAACCAAGUCUGGAAGUUCCAGCGGUACCAGCUGAUCAUGACAUUCCAUGACAGACCUGUCCUCCCACCACCAAUGAUAAUCUUCAGCCACAUCUACAUAAUCAUCAAGCGAAUCUGCUGUCGCUGCAAGAAGGGUGAAGGAGACCAGGAUGAGCGUGACAGGGGACUGAAGUUAUUUCUGAAUGAUGAAGAGCUAAAAAAACUUUAUGAGUUUGAAGAGCAGUGUGUAGAAGAAUACUUCCAGGAAAAAGAGGAUGAGCAGCAAUCAUCUAAUGAUGAACGCAUCAGAGUUACCUCUGAAAGAGUUGAAAAUAUGUCUAUGAGGCUAGAAGAGGUGAAUGAAAGAGAACAUUUUAUGAAAGCUUCUCUUCAAACAGUCGACCUUCGACUCUCUCAGUUGGAAGAACUAUCUGGUCGGAUGGUGAAUGCUCUUGAGAAGCUGGCAGGUAUUGACAAAUCUGAGCUGACAUACACACGUUCACGGGCUUCGUCUGAGUGUGAUGCUGCAUAUCUCCUAAGGCAAAGCAGUGUUAACAGCUCUGAUGGCUACAGCAUGUACAGAUACCACGUCGGUGGUGAUGAGUUAACAUUUGAUGACAGUACAACUCCUAUGUCACCAGCCAUGGGAUUGCGUAAAAAAGCCCGUUCUAUUGGUACCAAAGAAGAUGGAGCAGACCCAAGAAUGCUGGUUCCUGAACACCACACCAGUCUCCACUGUACCUCUAGUGCUAAUGCUGUCACCACAUCAGAUUACAGUAAAUCUACAUUAGAAAUUGCACAGAAUGUUUCCAGGGCCUAUUCUGGUUCAGGUGGUUUGGGGGAUGAAAAGCAGGGGAUUUUCAAGAGUGAUGGAAUGGUUCCUCGAAGUAUAAACCAGAUGGAUGCUGUUAUGAACAAACAGUCAGUACCAAGAUCAGAUUUUCAGAACACUCAGUUAAAAGUAGAACGUACCAAGUUAGAAGCAACCAUCUCUUAUCCCUUGGACAAAUCUAAAGCAAUGCGCUAUUUUCCUCCUGAAACAUUCAGUGCUUGUCAAACCACUAUGACAAAGUCAAGGAGCUUUAUAUUUGCUCAGGGUGGGAAGCUGGUUGGAGGAGUUAACAACUGGACCACAGAGUAUAGUACCAUUAUGGAUCAGGUGUGCCCUUCUACAAUCGAACAAUGGGCCACAGAGUGGAAAUAUGAAGUUGAGCAGCAACUUUCUCAAGAACGUCCUCCAGAAUACCCUGGUUUUGUCUCUGAGGCAGAAAGGCAAGCAGAGCAGAAACAGUUACAGAUGGACACAGAUGACAGUGAUGUUGGUGAAGCAGGUAUGAGUGCCUCUUACACCUCUACGCCUGCCACUGUCAAGGCUAAGAAAGAGAAUUUACUAUCUGUAAAGCCAGAAAGGACUUCUGGGUUCCCGUCAGUACGGUCGAAGAGUUUGCACAGCCAUUCUCGGAAAGCCAAGUCUGUAAAGGACAAGUUAAAUAGACCAGGACAUGCCAGCAGCGUAACUAAUUUGGUGGUAGCAUUUGGCAGUGCAACAGAAGAACAGAAAGCUAGGCAAGAAAAUGCAUCUGCAGAAACUGAAUGUUAAAGUGGCUUAUGACCCCUGUUUUAUCAACAGUCAAGAAGGCAGCAUGACUAAUUGAACAAUUGUAGGUAAUGAUGAGAUAGAUACCAGAAGUCUAAGGGCAAUGAAGAGAGACUUUGGAGCCCCGGGAUGGCUGGUUAAGGGAUCAGGAGCACAAGUAGUGUUCUCCUCUGUCCCACCAGUUGCAGGGAUUGAUGAGGGGAUAAACAGGAAGAGUCAGCAGUCUCUGGCUCAGAGACUGGUGCAGCCGGCAGAACUUAGGUUACUUUGAUCAUGGAUUGAUAUACAGGACACCAGGCAUGCUGGCAACAAGUGGGGAAAGCCUAACCCAAAGGGGAAGAAGGAUUCUGGGACAGGAGUUAGCAGGAGUCAUUGAUAGGGCUUUAAACUAGGUUUGAAGGGGGACAGGGAUGUAACCAGAGUGACUAAAGUGGUGCCUGGGAGCAGCGUGCCAGUGCUGGUGGGUAAAAGCGCUAGCAAGGUCUUGCAGCCUGUUGUCGCAGUGGAGGUGGGAGAUGAUGACCCAUGUGCUAGCAAAGACAUGAGGAGUAGUGAUAGGCUGGCAACUGCAGAAAUGUCUGAGCGCAGACAGGCGGGAAUAAGGGCUUGUCCCCCAAAUAAAGUGACAAGGCAAUUAGCCCAGCUGAAGUGCAUCUACAUGGACGCACACAGCAUGGCAACAAACAGGAAGAGUUGGAGGCCAUUGUACAGCAGGGAAACUAUGACAUAGUUGCCAUCACAGAAACGUGGUGGGAAGACACGCACAACUGGAGUGCGGUGAUUGACAGCUACCAACUCUUCAGAAGGGAUAGGCAAGGAAGGAGAGGUGGUGGGGUGGCCCUCUAUGUCAGGGGCAGUUUUGAAUGCCAAGAACAUAACAAUGUGCAUGACGACGUUGUUGAAUGUUUAUGGAUAAGAAUCAAGGGGAAGGCCAAUAAGCCAGACAUCGUGGUGGGAGUUUGUUAUAGACCCCCCCACCCAAGAUGUAGAGGCCGAUGAAAUAUUCUAUAAGCAGCUGGCAGAGGUCUCACGAUCGCUCGCCCUUGUUCUUGUGGGGGAAUUCAACUUCCCAUAUGUCUGCUGGAAAUAUAACACAGCAGAGCGGGAACUGUCCUGGAGGUAGCUGGAGUGUGUGGAAGACAACUUCCUAAUGCAGCUGGUGAGGGAGCCAACUAGGGAAGGUGCCCUACUGGACCUGCUGCUUGUUAACAGAGGUCUUGUAGGGGAUGUAAAGAGUGGAGGUCGUCUUGGGCAGAGUGAUCAGGAAAUGACAAAAUCUUUGAUUCUUGGUGAAGCAAGGUGGGGAGCCAGCAGAACCGCCACCUUAGAUUUCCGAAGGUCAAACUUUGGCCUGCUUAGGAGCAUGGUUGAGAGUGUCCCUUAGGGGAACAGUCCUGAAGGGCAAAGGUGCCCGGGAAGGCUGGUCUUACUUCAGAAGUAGCUUAGUUCUUAAAAGCUCAGGAGAAGGCCAUCCGCAAGUCCCAAAAAAACGAGCAGACAGGGAAGUAGACCAGCCUGGCUAAAUAGAGAGCUUUGGCUAGAUCUCAGGAAAAAAAGAAAAGUUUAUGAUCUUUGGAAAAAGGGGUUGGCUACUUAUGAAAAAUACCAAGAUGUAGCGAAGCUAUGCAGGGCGAAAAUUAGAAGGGCCAAAGCUCAAGCAGAACUCGUCUUGGCCACCAUGGUUAAAGAUAACAAGCAGAGGUUCUUUCAGUAUAUCAAUAGAAAAAGGAAGACUAGGGAAAAUGUAGGCCCACUAACGAAUGAGAUGGGCACCUUAGUGGUGGAAGACACAGAGAAGGCAGAGCUACUGAAUGCCUUCUUUGCUUCAGUCUUCACUGCUAAAGCUGUCCCUCAUGAAUCCGAGGCCCUGGAGGCAAGGGGGAACAUCUGGAGAGAGGAACUUUUCCCCGGUAGAAGAAAAUCAGGUUAGAGACCACUGUGCCAAACUGGACAUCCAUAAGUCCAUGAGCCCUGACGAGAUGCAGCCAUGAGUGCUGAGGGAGCUGGCAGAUGUUAUUGCUUGGCCACUCUCCAUCAUCUUUGAAAGGUCAUGGAGAACAGGAGAGGUGCCUGAGGACUGGAGGAAGGCCAAUAUCACUCCAGUCUUCAAAAAGGGCAGGAAGGAGGACCCAGGGAACUACGGAACGGUUAGUCUCACCUCUGUCCCUGGGAAGGUAAUGGAGCGCCUUGUUCUGGAUGCGAUAUCCCAGGACGUUAGAAGCAGGAAGUUAUUGGAAGCGGUCAACAUGGAUUUAUCAAGGGUAAAUCAUGCUCGACCAACCUCAUAGCCUUCUAUGAUGUUAUAACUGAUUGGCUGGAUGAGGGUAGAGCAGCAGAUGUCAUCUACCAUGACUUCAGCAAGGCUUUUGACACUGUCUCUCAUAACAUCCUCCUUAGGAAACUGAGGAAGUGCGGACUAGACGAGGGGACAGUGAGGUGGAUUGAGAGCUGGCUGUGUGACAGGACACAGAGGGUUGUGAUUAAUGGAGCAGGGUCGAGUUGGAGGCCUGUAAACAGUGGUGUCCCCCAGGGGUCAAUACUUGGACCAAUACUGUUUAACGUAUUCAUCAAUGUCCUGGACGAGGGGACAGAGUGUAUCCUCAGCAAGUUCACUGAUGAUACCAAACUGGGAGGGGUGGCUGACACCCCAGAGGGCCAUGCUGCCAUCCAGCAUGACCUAGACAGGCUGGAGAGCUGGGCAGAGAAGAACCUAAUGAGGUUCAACAAGGACAAGUGUAGGGUAGUGCACCUGGGGAGGAAGAAUGUCAGGCGCCAGUAUAGGUUAGGGUGGACCUGCUGGAAAGCAGCUCUGAAGAAAAGGAUCCAGGGGUCUUGGUAGACAGUAAACUAUCCAUGAGCAAACAAUGUGCCCUUGUCGCCAAGAAGGCCAACGGAAUUCUGGGCUGCAUAGGGAAGAGUGUGGCCAGCAGGUCAAGGGAGAUCAUUCUCCCCCUCUACUCUGCACUGGUGAGGCCACAACUGGAAUACUGCGUCCAGCUCUGGGCUCCCCAGUUCAAGAGAGACAGGGAACUGCUGGAGAGAGUCCAGCGUAGGGCAACAAAGAUGAUGGAGGGAUUGGAGCAUCUCCCUUAUGAGGAAAGGCUGAGAGAGCUGGGACGCUUUUAGCCUGGAGAAGAGAAGGCUGAGGGGAGACCUUAUUAAUGUUUACAAGUAUCUAAAGGGUGGGUUUAAGGAGGAUGGAGCCAGACUCUUUUCAGUGGUUCCCAGUAACAGGACGAGGGGUAACGGGCACAGGCUGGAACAUAGGAAGUUCUGAUCAAAUAUGAGAAAAAACUUCUUUACGGAGAGGGUGACAGAGCACUGGAACAGGCUGCCCAGGGAGGUUGUGGAGUCCCCUUCUCUGGAGACUUUCAAGACCCGCCUGGAUGCAGUCCUGAGUAAUGUGCUCUGGGCAAUCCUGCUUUAGCAGGGGAGUUGGACUAGAUGAUCUCUAGAGGUCCCUUCCAACUCUGAAAAUUCCGUGAUUCCGUGAAAUUAUGUGUUUUUAAAUUAAUUUCUAAAGAAGAAUUUUGGAUAUAUUUGUUUCUUUUCAUUUUAAAUUUAAUAGAUAUACGUUCUGUUCUUAAAUGCUUGCUGGGUCAGGUGAAAGGCAGAUGCUCUCUCAGGGGCAGAUAAAAAGUAGGCACAGUCCACAGAUGCCAACAGUAUAGAUUUUUCUUUGCUCCAUUUCAGUCUCCCUUUUAAGCUCAUUUACUGACAAGCUCCUUAUAAAAGCUCUUGAAAGAAGGACAGUAUUAUCAUGUAAUAAUUUAGAAAAUGUUUUUUCUUUUUUUUUAUCAGAAGACUUCUUAAACUGAACAAAUUUUUAACCAGCCUUAGUUUUUAUCCUUACGUAUGCAGCUGGUUUCUUUGUGGCCAUUGUGUUUUUCAGAUCAAAACAAAAUUGUUGGAGGGAAGGAAAAUUAUGCAGUCCCCUCUUUCACUACUGAUUUCAUGCAUGCUUCCUAGCUUUCAGAAAGGCACAAUAUAGCAGUCUUCAUCCACUAAAAUAGGUCUGAGUAGCAAAAUACAGUUGUGUUUGGAGAAACCUGACGCAGAAGGCCAUGUGUAGACAUAUUCUUGACCUGUCCUUGAACUUCAGUGACAUAAUCUUGCUUUCAGGGUCCUACUGUCCCCAUCCCGAAGCAUGCUGACAGCCUUAAACUGUUGAAAAAGUGAUCAUUGUUUCAAAGUGUUUAGGGAGAUUGUAAGUAUGUGAAAUAUACGGAGAUUUUAAUAAUAUGAAUCCAAGAUCUGCAUUAGUAUUUUGUAUAAAUAGGGAUUACAGAAGACGUCCACAUAGAGUAAGAAUCUGGAUUUUUUUAAAUGCCUGCGAGGGAAAACAAAACAAAACAGGAAAGUUGUUCUGAUCGGGUGAGAUCAAAAAGUAGACAAUCUGUUUGAAGCAAAUCUACUGUGACAAAUUCAUCUUUCAUUUUGUAAUUUCAUUAUGACAACACAUGAGGAACAAGGAACAGUUUCCAGGAGUCAGUCUAAACAAAAAAUAGACUUUCUAGAUGAGAACAUAAAUUCCAUACAUUUUCUUCAGUACAUUUCAAAAACAAAUGUCAAAGGGAAAAAAAGUCUCUACAGCAAAAGUGGUUUCUAUCCCUCAACAACUAAGACUGGAAAUCCACAUUUAUAGCUCCAGUUUCCCAGCACACUUGUCUCAACAGUGGCAUUCUAAGUACUAGGUUUUGAUAGUUUUCUUCAUAAAUGUAUGAUGUUAUUUGCCUCAUUCUUCUCUGUUACCUUUUAAGAAUUUUGUUUUCCCAAAUAUUCAGCACCUCUCCUUGCAGGGGAGGCGUACCGUAGAAUCAUAGAAUUGUUUAGGUGGGAAAAGACCUUUAAGAUCAAGUUCAACCACUAACCCAGCACUGCCAAGGUACCACUACACCAUGUCCUCAGCACCACGCCUACCCAUCUUUGAAAUACCUCCAGGGAUGGUGAUUCCACCACUUCCUUGGGCACCCCGUUCCAAUGCUUAAUAACCCUUUUGGUGAAGAAAUUUUUCCUAAUACCCAAUCUAAACCUUCCCUGGCUCAACUUGAGGCUAUUUCCUCUUGUCCUAUCACUUGUUGCUUGGGAGAAGAGACCGACCUUCACCUCCUUGGCCUUGUGGAACCUCGUACCAUUGGCCUCGGCCCAUCAAUUCAGCCUGUUCAAAUCCCUCUGUAGAGCCAUCCUGCCCUCAAGCAGCUCAACACUCCCACCCAACUCGGUGUCCUCUGCAUACUUACUGAGGGUGCACUCAAUUCCCUCGUCCAGGUUGUUGAUAAUUAAACAGAACUGUCCCCAAUACUGAGCCCUGGGUUGAUGAGCAGUUCCACCAGCUCCCUCAGUACCCUGGGGUGGAUCCCAUCUGGCCCCAGAGACUUGUGCGUGUCUUAGUGGUGUAACACGUCGCUCACCAUUUCCCCUUGGUUUAUAGGGGAUUCAUUCUGCUCCCCAACAUUCUGCUCCCCAUUGAACAGACAAGAAAGAGUAUGAGUUAAAAGCAUGUUACUUGUUCACAGAGUACUAGUCAAAAGUUUAUACUUAAUUCAUUAACCAUCAGGACUCACUCAUAUACUAUUUUGAAAAGAUAAUUUCUCCCCUGCCAUCAGCUCCACAGUAUGUAGGUCUCAGUAUCCCCUUGAUAAUGCUGCGUACAGCAUUUUGAAAUGCAGAGUGGUGGAAGCCUCUACAAAUGCAUUGAUGGCAUCAGCUUCUUAUUGUCUGUAUUAUACUUUCACACUCCGUCCAUGCUUAUCUCUUGAAGUACCGUUACCGCACUGAGUGGUCAUAGUGACUGCGAGGACAUUUGCGGAAGGUCGGUCGUCACUUACUGUGGGGUUUUGCUAGCUUGGUCUUACUAGCAGGUUUACUGGUUUCACUGUUGUCAGAGCGGUGUUGACAUUUUGCUUUUCACGUGGGCUUCUCUUUUAUUCAACUUUAGGGAACUUGACAUUUUGUAAAAACUGAAUGACAUUUGGAAUUGUUUCACUUCCAUGUUUACUACUGUGUUACCAUUCUGUGCAACUACAUAGCCAUUUUGUGUGUGUGGUUACAAUAGCCUCCCAUUCGCCAAUGCCUUUUUAUUGUUUGCCUGCGCACUCACCAGCAACUGCUUCAUUAACAAACACAAAGGGAUGCGGCUUUUCAGCACUUUGCUAAACAAGCAGUAUGCGUUGUGGAGAGGAAUACAGUGGGUUGCAUACCUCUCGUUACAUCGUCUUUAUAAAAUGUGUGUUAAAUCAUGCUGUGUUUGACCAGUUAUUUUUGUAGCAUUCACAUCACAAAUUUAUCUGAUAGCAUGUAGAUUUCAAACAAAAACAUUUAACCGUUGUAUUUAUUUACUUCCUUUGUGUAAAAAUAUUUAUAAAGAAACAUAUGAAAAAGAUGUGAAAUGAAUUCAGUGUAACUUUUUUUUUCACUAUAACGAUACCAAAACACUUCACUUAUCUGUUUCAUCUUAUGCAGUGCAUGGGCUGAAC